CCAGCCCUAUAGAGAACAGCAGAUCCGACGAUAGUAACGGUCGGGAAUCAAUUAGUUGUAAAGCAGAUUGAGCUUCCUCAGUUUUCAGGAGAAGAUCCGAUAGGCUGGUUGGCACGCGCUGACCAAUAUUUCACCCUAAAUCGAACUCCGGCAAAUAUGAAGGUGCAACUAGCAUUUGUGUGUAUGGAUGGAGCUGUAUUGCAUUGGUUUCGCUAGGUUAAGCAACGACACGCAAACUUGACGUGGGAACAGCUUCCACUGGAACUAUUACAGAGAUAUGGAGGAGACGUGAUAACAAGCCCAUUUGAACGCCUAGUAGUUGUAAAACAAGAAGGGAACAUGGAUGAAUACAUAGUAGAGAUCAUUGCAAGGGCAGCCCAGGUACAGGGAUUAGUGACCCGCAUUAUCUUGGGUAUUUUUUGAAUGGGUUGAAAUUUGAGAUCGGGAUAUGAUGACCGCCGGGCUCCUGCAUCUUAAAAGAAAGACGCAGGUGCAAUAGCCACCAGAUAUUUCUCAGAUCCAACCAGACUCACAUGACACGCUUCAAUCCGGUAACGAGGAACAGGCCAGACAGAUCAUACGCGCGAGCCCACCUGAAGGGAUCCUAAUCCGGUGACCUAACAAAAAGUAGAAGAGCAGAGUCACCUCGCAUCUCUGUCCGUGUGCGCGCCAAAAAAAAAUUAGAUGAUCGCGUAGCGUGAAAAGAGAUUUGGACAUAUCAGUACAGAGCUGAGUGAGAUUUGGACAUAUCAAUACAUAGCUGAGUGACAGGAACGUGACACUGUAGAGCAGUUAUACAUCACUAGCAUAGAGGGAAGGGAUCUUUCUUCUUCCUUCUUUUUCCUCCACUCCAUUUUUUUCAUUUUCUCUACAACCUUGUGUAUCUAUACCACUCUAGUUCAUAAAUUUGAUUUGAAUGUUCGAGAGUCUCCACUGCCCUUGACCAUCUUUUAUUUAUCUUACAAAUUCUUUUCUCAAAUGGAGCAUUAAGGACUAUACGAUGGAUCCAGACCAUAGAGUAAGUAGAAAAUCAGAUCUAUCGUGGAGCAAGAGGAAAUACAAAAUUAUCAGGUACAAAUUCAUUCACACGAGACAACAGAUGUAUUCCGAACCAUGACAAUAGCUCGUGAAGUGGAAAGAAAGAUCUCUGUGUUGGGUAACUGUUUCGGUGGGAAGAAGGAAGAGCAGGGAGGAGGAAGAUGGUCCGAGCAGUAUGGGUUGGGCUCCAAAGUGGGAAGUUUCCAAGUUAAUAAAUCACAUGGGCCGAAUGGAAAUUUGGGCCAAGUAGCAGGUGACCCAACUAAGGUUAAAACUGAACCAAAAGGCCCCGAAAAACCCAAUUCUUCUACCCCACGAUUACCAGCUCCUUCUGGUGGCCAACAAGGAAGGGUUAAAUUUCGGCAAUUUCGGAUGAAGAGGGUCUCGUCAUUUUACUCGGCAAGAAUUCCUGGAAUUAAAGACUAAGGGGCUUUGCUUCCGCUGUCGACAACCGUAUCACCCAUUGCAUGAAUGCCCGAAUAAAUCUCUAAGAGCCAUUAUUUUAGGAGAUGAUGAAGAAAUGCCAGCUGAAGGAGAUGAAGGGGAAGAAACGGGAAUCACUAAUAGCGCAGCUGAUGCUUUAUCAAGAUGUGGGGAUGAUUUUGAAUGCCGUGCUAUUUCAUUCCCUGUAUCGAUUGAUGGGGAAUCUUUGGAUAAAGAAUUACAACAGGAUCCUUUCCUGCAGAAAUUGAUCGCAGAAUUCAGCUAAAUCCUUAGUUCCAUUCUCACUAUCAGUUGAUACAAGGAAGACUCUUUUAUAAUGGGAGAUUGGUCCUGCCAUCCACCUCAUCUAUGAUUCCCCAAUUACUCAAAGAAUUCCAUUCCACACCUACAGGAGGUCAUUCGGGUGCUUACCGUACUUAUAGGAGGCUGGCUUGCAAUCUGUUUUGGAAGGGAAUGAUGAAAACAGUCCAGAAUUUUGCAGCCGAAUGCUUGGUCUGUCAACGACAAAAAUACCAAGCAACAUGCCCAGCGCGAUUACUUCAGCCGUUACCUAUUCCUUCUGCCCUUUGGGAAGAUAUCUCCAUGGAUUUUAUUUCAGGCCUUCCUCGGUCCCACAGUAUGGAUUGCAUUUUUGUUGUCACGGAUAGAUUGUCCAAAUAUGCCCACUUUAUGGGUUCAGACAUCCUUAUAGUGCCAAAUCCGUAGCCGCAAUUUUUGCAAAGGAAAUAGUGCGUUUACACGACAUUCCUUAGUCGAUAGUGAGUGAUAGAGAUCCAUUGUUCCUCAGCAAUUUUUGGCAAGAAUUUUUUCGGCUUCAAGGCACCAGUCUCUGAAUGAGUACAGCGUACCACCCGGUGACGGAUGGUCAGACCGAAGUAUGGAAUCGGUGUUUGAAAAUGUAUUUGAGAUGUUUCUCUUCGGAUCAAUCGAAGCAAUGGAAUAAGUGGUUACAUUGGGCUGAAUUUGGGUUCAAUACAAGUUUCCACACGACAGCUGGGAUGACUCCUUUCGAGGUGGUUUACGGCAGAGCCCCUCCAUUGAUUCCCAAAUUCAUGAUGGGAGCAUCCAAGGUGGAAGCUGUUGAACAGGAACUUGUGGACAGGGAUGAGAUCUUGCGCCAACUCCGGUAUAAUUUAUUCAAAGCACAACAGAGAAUGACCAAAGCUGCUAAUGUGCAUCGACGCGAUGGGCAAUAUAACAUUGGGGAUUCCGUUUUCCUCAAAUUUCGCCCGCACAGACAGUCUUCUGCUUUCUCUCGGAUUGCUCCUAAACUCGCAGCAAAAUAUUAUGGGCCUUUCCGAAUCAUUGCAAGGGUUGGACCAGUUGCUUAUGAAUUACAAUUACCAGUCGAAGCCAAAAUCCACCCUGUCUUCCAUGUGUCAUUACUAAAAAAACAGUAGGUGACCAUCCUGUCAUUACCGAUCUUCCACAAGAUAUGGCUGUUGAAGAAUCACUGUUGGUACCUGCUGCUAUUUUACAGAUGCGUGACAUAUUAUCAAUUCAGAUUCUGUUUCCAAAGUGUUAGUGCAGUGGAAGGGGUAUUCGCAGGAUGAAGCAACUUGGAUUAAUAGCAGUGACUUUGCCCGUCAAUUCCCUGAGUACAACGUUGAGGACAAGGCUGCUGUUUCUCCAGGCGACAUUGAUAAAGGAAUAGAAGGAUUGGACCUGGAAGACAACGGGCCAAAGAAGCUUAGAGUUUAUUCAAGGAAGAAAUAUUCUGGAAACCAACACCUGGCAGAGGAGUAGAAGAUUCUGGAGCCAUAUGAAUCUUUACAUGGCAGCUGGGCAGGAAUUAAUUAUGCAUGAGAUAUUGUUUAUAAAUAAGAAUUGUAACGUAGAGAAGUAGAGAAGGACAAGUUUUGAGUAUUUGCUUGUAUUCGGCUUAAAGGCUGGGACCAGAGGUUAUUCUCUCUGGAAUUUAUGGUUAUAUUGUCUCUAUUUCAAUAUAUCAGCAAUAGGUUAUUCUGCUGUUGCCCUUCUUCUCCAUUUGUUUACUGUUCUUUUAAGUUCUUAAAUCUAUCAUGGCCUUAUCUGGGGACUCCUUUAUUGUUGAGUGUCCAUCUCCCAACUGCAAGAGGGAGAAAAGGGGAAAUGAAGCCCUUCUGAGAGAAGCAGGAAAACUAAAAGUAGUUAUUAUGCUUCAGCCAAGUUUUAUGGACCGCUCAGCAAAUUGACUAUGUUGAUAAUUGUGUUUGAAAUACGGUCAGCAAUUUGUUUCCCUCCCCAAACCCAAAAAGGGAAAAAGGAAUCACUCUUCAGAUUUGUUGCUUUGCAUUUACUUCUCUGUGAGUUCUAUCUUAACUUCUGUACUUCCUCUCCACUGCUGUACUGCUUUAGCUACUAUUUAUUCUUAAUUAGUAGAUAACCACUAUUUAUUCUUAAUUAAUAGAUAGCUACUAUUUAUUCUUAAUUUGUAGAUAACGAGAGAUAGUGUUCAAGGAUGAUUGUAUUAUCCACGAAGGAAUAGUAAGUAUUUCCCAACUUACUAUCAGAUUUCAGAAUCUGUAGAUUGUUCAUAACAUGCAAAACCUAAAAAUGAUCAUUAGUGUUAUUUCUAAUAUUUUUUCAGUCAAUUCUAUGGCAGAUUGGCAGAAAUUCAUCUUAUUAUCUUUAUUUUAUUCUAAUUCAUGUAAAAUCUACCGCAUGUUAAUAUAAGUUAUUUUUAUGUUAUUCUAAUUCAUGUAAGAUCUAACGUCUUAAAGCAUUUAUUGAAAGAAUAGGAUCAUCAUUGAUGUUUUCUGUUGGUUUUGAUGCAUAUUUAUCCUCCAUUGUCUUGAAUGAAAGCAACCCCACCAGAGAGUUAACCUUCUAUCUUACAUGUCCUGAUAUGCCAAGUGUAGACUCGGUUGGAUUUCUCUAUCUUCAGAAUCUUGGAAGGCCUUCAAACUAAGUACAUAAAGUAGAUUGAUUGGUUCAAACAUCAAAGUCAUCUGGUACUUGUAUCCUAUUUCAGUUCCUAAAUAUUGGUUCUUUGCCUGGUUUUUACUGGAGGUAAGUUUUCUGAAAUGAGGAGCAAUUGAAAUGGGAUAUUCAGCAGCUUGCCAUCCCCUCUGUGGUUUAGUUGCUUGUGAAAGCAGAGAUGUAUGUUUUACGAAUGUUAUGUUGCUAUAAGAUUUUGAAGCAGAUGUUUGAAUCUCGGUCAAAUCAAAAGAAGGAUGAUACUUACAAUGGAAAGAAAAAGCUUGGUUACUGGUAAAAUGUAUCUGAUGGAAUGGUGAGAUUGCUCCAGUUAUCCAUAUUGUUUGGCUUGGGAGAAAUAUUUCAAGCAACUCUACGAAGUUGAAGUAUGAAAUUUUGUAGUAAAUGAUUCGCUGGAAGGCAAAACAUCAACAGGAUACGAGAGAUUGACAUUCCAUACCACAUCAAAGUUCUGGGCAGAUAGCUUUUGAUCAUAGUAUAAUGCAGAUUCACCGCUAAUUCUUAUUUUUCUAUAUUUCUUCCUUCUGUAGCAUCUAGUGACAUUUUUAAAUUGUGCCCGUCUCCUUGCCUCGUAGUCUGUACUUUGUCGUGAGAAACUCACUAUUAUUCUUGUUGACUUCAUUCAAGUAGUAAUCUUUGGCUUUGGAGUCACUGAAGAGGCUGGUCUUCAUCUUCGCUGUAGAACAGUUGGUCAAGUGCACGAGUUCAGUAAUUGUGCAUCGCAUCAGAUUCACACGAUCAAAAGAGUAGCUUUAUGGAAUAAAUUAAGAAAGGAUAAUUUACGAUUUAGUCCCUGAAUAUUGCCAUUAUUAACAAGUCAGUUCCUGUAUUUUCAGAAACCUAUUAAAACGUUCUUAUAUAAUCAAAACGUUAACAAAUCAGUCCUUUCAUCCACUAUUACCCUCUUUUCCGUUAAAAAUAAGAUGAAAAGACCAAAAUAACCUUAGUGUAACUUUUCCCCAAAUCGAUAAUCUCUCUUCUCAAAUCCCUAUCAUCUCUCUCUCUUCUCCCGAAAAUGAAAACCUCUGUUCCGAAAUCCCUAAUUUCUCUUUUCUUCCCAAAUCAAUAACCUCUUUCUUCCUAAAUCCCUAACUUUCUGUCUUCUCCCAAGUCAAUAACUUCUCUUCUCAAAUCUCUAACUUCCCUCUUCUCCCCUAAAUCCUCUCUUCUCGAUUUUGUUGGUUUUUAUCGAAGAGAAGUUGGGUUCUGUCGAAGAGAAGUUGUGGUCCCGAUUUUGUUGGUUUCUGUCAAACAACUGGGGAAAGGUCUGAAAACCUGGCUGUGGAAGAGAGAUUUACUGUGGUGUUGACAUAUGAAAACAAAACCGAUUCUUUAUAUAAUGUCCCUAUUGCAAGGUAUUCGUACAUAUUCUUGUUGUCUGAUGUUUAUAAGUUGUUUAACAUAGCUGCAUCGUUUGUUACGUUUGUUACUGGUAGUGGGAUGAGUGUAGAAAAUGAUGAUGAUUUAAUGUUGGCUUUUGAGUUGUACAAACAUAGUCAUAAAUUGCCUUUGACUGUACAUGUAAAGGGGGUCCCUCUGAACACUGAGAUGUCUGAUGAUGACGAUGAUGAUGAUGAUGUUUGUAUUAUUGGUGAGAGCAGUGAUACUGGUGAGGGUAGUAACCUUGGUGAGGGUGGUAAUACUGUUGAGGAUAUUAACCUUGAUGAUGCCUUAGGUAGAAAAACUCCCCCAUUAAGUAGGGAUGUGUCCACAAGAGGUGGGGCAGGAGUGUGCCAUUAAGAGGAAAGGGAGGAAGAAGCAGUUUUACUAGAGGUAGAGGGAUAAGAUAGGAAAGUGUUAGUGAAAGUGGGCAGUUAGGGGGAGGGGCCAAUGAAUCACCACAAAUUGAUUCUGAAAGUGAUGUAUCAUUCAAUGAAAGUGAGGUUGGAGAUGAUUUACCUGAAGAAGUUAUAUUUGACAAUGAGAUUAGUACUGAGGAGUCAGAUGGGUUAUCAGGUUAUGCUAGUGACAAUGACAAAGAGGUUGAAGAUAGUGAGAAUGAGUCUUAUGAUCCAAAUAAUAGAAAGAAAAAAUAUAUUGAUCCUUAUCAUGGCAUGUAUGAUCAUCCCUUCCAACAUAAUGAAGGGGAAGAGAUUUUGUUUAAAGAGGGCCAAGUUUUUAAGAACAUUGUAACUUUGAGGAAUGCAAUGAGGGAUUAUGCUAUUAAGGGGGAUAUGAUAUUACAAGAGUUAAAAAUGAUUCUACUAGAUUAACAGCUAAGUGUUCCAGUACAGGAUGUCCCUGGAGGUUUCAUGCAUCAGUUUUGUCUGACCAAGUCACUUUCAUGGUUAAGACUCUACAUGAUGAGCACACAUGCAUAAGACCAUUAAGAAAUGAAAAUUUGAAUUCAAACACUAAGUGGAUAGUAGAAAAACUUAGGGAAAAGCUGAGGGCAGACCCUGACAUGAGUUAUGAACUCAUGCAGCAUGAGUUGAUGGGAAAAUGGGGUGUGGAAGUUCCUGUGUGGCAAUUAUAUAGAGCUAAGUGCAAGGCUAGAGAUGAGAAUAUGGGCAUGCAUUGUGAAAGUUUCCAAAAACUUAAGAAAUAUGUCCAUUAUUUGCAAACAUAUAACCCGGGUACAGUUGUAAAAAUUCAGCCAGCUCCAAGGGUUAAUGAAGAUGAUCCUUUUGUUUUUCAAAGAAUAUGGAUUAUGUUUGAUGCUAUAAAGUCUGGGUUUGAGAAUGGUUGUAGACCCUUUAUAGGAUUAGAUGGUUGCCACUUGAAGGGUCCAUAUGGAGGGAUUUUCCUAGUUGCAGUCAUACUGGAUGGAAAUAGAGGUGUGCUACCUCUUGCAUUUUCUAUAGUUGAAGCAGAAUGUGGUGAUAGCUGGAUAUUUUUCCUAGAGAAUCUUUAUUCUUGCAUUGGUGGAGGAACUGAUGCUAGGCCUUUAACUAUUAUGUCAGAUAGGCAAAAGGGACUCGUUGAUGCUGUCAAAAAUAUAUUUUCCAAUGCAUCUCAUAGAGUUUGUUGCAGGCAUUUAUACAUGAAUUUCAAGAAAGAGUUCCCUGGACUCAUGCUCAGAGAUGAUUUUUCGAAUGCUGCAAAGAGUACUCAUUCUUAUGAGUUUUGGCUUCACAUGAAGAAUUUGAAGCCUAAGCGAGAUCAAAAGCCAUAUGGCUGGUUGAUCAACAUACCAUUCAGUCAAUGGACUAGACAUGCAUUUUGGCCUGAAGCUAAGUGUGACAAUUACGCUAACAACAUGACCGAAUCAUUCAAUGCAUGGAUAGUGAAAUUGAGAGGUUUGCCUAUUAUCAAUAUUAUUGAAUCUAUUAGGCAGAAAUGUAUGGUUAGGUUGCAUAGAAGAUUUGCUAAAGCUCAAACAUAGGAAGGGAUAGUUACACCAAGAACAAAGAAAGUAUUGAAUAAAAUCAUUACUGCCAGUAGGUUUCUUAAGUUGCUCCCUGGUAGAAAUGAAGAGUAUGAGGUUCAUGAGGGUCCAUGUAGGUUUGCUGUUAGUUUAGCUAAAAGGACAUGCAGUUGUGGAUAGUGGGAUAUAAGUGGUUUACCAUGCAAGCAUGCUGCUAGAGCAAUUGCAUAUGUUAGGGGCAAUAUUGAAGAGUUUUGCCAUGAAUAUUACACUGUGCAGUGCUAUUCAAGAGUUUAUGCAGGUGCCAUACAUCCUGUUCCUCAAACUGAGCUUGAACCUGAUAAUGAACACCCAUCAAUGUUGCCACCUCCUUUGAGGAGGCAACCAGGAAGGCCAAGGAAGGUUAGAAAGAGAGAUGAGAGUGAACCACCAACAAGAGGAAGGAGGACAGCAACUGGAAGGAGGACAACAACUGUCACUUGUGCUAGGUGCUUACAAACAGGCCACAAUAAGAGAACUUGUCAAUAUGCUGCUGUUGGGGCAAAUAUGGCUGCAAGUCAAAAGAAGAGAAAACACACUAUUGCAUUAGGUGCGGGGACUUCAAGAGGGGUUAAUACUAAUCAAGUGGGAUCAAGUGGUGGACCAACUAUCUAAAGGAGCCUUUGGAAUAUCAAAUGAUCUUUUUGAGAAUGUUGUUAGUUGAUGGGAUAUAAUUUGUACAUUUUGGGAAAACAUGUAUUUUGGGGCAUUGGAUUGAGCUUUUUGUCUAUUUGGAAAUAUUGUAAAUCUGUGCACAGAUUCUUUUUUGGAAGUUUAUCAUAGAUAUUGGUACAGUGCUACAAAUAUUGGCCUUACUUGAUCAUUAAAAUGGCAGUAAUAGAUGUAUGACAUUGUAAUGAUCAAGUCUGAUUUUGUAAAGUCUCAUUUUGUAAUACAUAUUUGAACAAAAAUGACAUAUUAAUGAA